CAUUUAUUUAAAAGUUCUUCCCACGAAGUCCCAUUGGUAUCACAAACGUGUAGAUAAUGAUGAUGAACACUGCAGAGCGUAUCUAUGAUGAUAAAAGUUCACAGCCACACCGGGAUACCUCGACAACUACCACCACCAUCAAACCUACGGCACCAGACGCUGAGGUCCUCGCCAACUACACACAAAUUUACACUAACAUCGUCGGCUGUCUCGUGUCCGAGUCUGAUAGUCUCAACUUGACCCUUGGGGAAGGAUUUUGGCUCCCUAUCCUCUACGAGUCCUUACAGCUUCCCUACAAUGUCACCACCGCUGCCUUCUCUCAGCCCUACACUACCACGACAGUCUCCUACGAAACGUACAGCUUCGCAAAUGGCGACGACGACCAGGUGCGCAGUACGACCUCAUACUGGUCAGGGGAACAACCAGGUUUCCCACGAGACAAUGACCAGUUGCCAUUGGAGGUAAUCAGGGAGAUAUGGCAGCGAUGCUUCUUCCGCACCCCCGUCAUGGCCACACACCGGCCCUACUUGCUGGUGUGGUGGCAACAGUUCCUAUGGACCUUGGUAUUCGGAGCCAUGAUGGCCAUGGCCGUAGGCGGUAACACCCUCGUCAUGUGGAUCAUAUGUGCACACCGGCGCAUGCGCACUGUUACCAACUACUUCCUCAUGAACCUGAGCGCAGCGGAUCUCUUCAUGUCUGUCCUCAACUGCAUGUUCAACUUUAUCUACAUGUUGCACAGCGACUGGCCAUUUGGGGCUGUGUAUUGCACCAUCAGCAACUUUAUGGCCAACGUAACCAUCUCAGCCAGCGUCUUCACCUUGAUGGCUAUAUCAUUCGACAGGUACAUCGCCAUCGUCAAGCCCCUGGAACCUCGGAUGUCGAAGACGUCGGCGCGAGUCUUCAUCUUAGUGAUCUGGAGCUCAUCUAUGGUGCUGUCCCUCCCGUGUCUCCUGUACUCCACUACCGUCUCCUUCACGUACAAGGAUGACGAGGUGAGGAGAGGAUGUAUCCUAAGGUGGCCAGACGGUCAGACAAGCAGCUCCCAGCACGAGCACAUCUACAACAUCGUGUUCUUCAUCACGACGUACUUGCUGCCAAUGCUGGUGAUGCUGGUGUGUUAUUUCCUUAUUGGUCGGGAACUCUGGGGUAGUCGCAGUAUUGGUGAGCUUACAGAUCGCCAAGCGGCCAGCAUCAGGUCCAAGCGCAGGGUGGUGAAGAUGUUCAUCAUCAUCGUGACAAUGUUUGGGCUGUGCUGGCUGCCACAACAAGCGUUCUUCCUCUACACCUUCCACAACUCCCAGAUCCUCGACACGGCCCACAUCCAGCACAUUUACCUGGCCUUCUACUGGCUGGCCAUGGCCAACGCUAUGAUCAACCCGGUCAUCUACUACUGGAUGAAUGCCAGAUUCAAGUCGUGCUUCAAGAAGGUGAUGCUGAAGAGAGGGAUAACUAAACAGAGAGAGAGAGUGAGAGAAGCCACUACACACUCACACGAUCUCUCCACUGGCAGGUUCAGGUCGUACAUCAAGGAGGUGGUGCUGAAGUGCCUGUGUCUCAAGUGCCCACGACGACCCUCCAACUAUGACGGUUCGCCUCAACUGGAGCGUCGUUGUCCCCCCUGUGACGACCACUCAUCCAGGUCUCGUUCUGACUCGCGUCAGGGGGUGAACGGGACAUUGAGGACAACGCCGGGGUCACUCCGCUCCAACAACCAUGUCGUCGUCUACUCCUCCAGGGAACGACUCAACGCCCGCAACGGUGUGCUGACUGCAGGUGGUCGUCGAGGUCCUGCUCAGUGCGAUAUAUGUCUCCACACGAUGCGCCCAGCUCUACUCAACACCAUGACCCAGCCCCCAUCCCUCGACACCCACCUCCAAACGAUACCUCUCACCACCGUCAGAGGCGACAUUCUCGCUGAACAGUUCAACUACCGGGCCAGCACCUGUUUGCAGAGUCAACUGUGAGUUUUCAGAGUGGUGUUCUACGUCCCUUCUCUACCUUCAAUCCCUUGCAGUGAUGUUUCUUACUUCCCCACAACCUUCCAGCUUCAUGGAGUGACGUUUCUCACUUCUACUCGACCUCCAGCACCAUGCCUCUGUUCAACCCUCGACCUUGAGGAAUUAAAUUAUACAAUGUUAAUCGACCUCUUGUUCCACGGAGUUAUUUUUUCCCUUUUUUCACUUCACCUCAACAGAAAACUCCACGACGUAAUCCAACCUACAAGUAUCACAAAUAUGAGUUGGAGCGUCUCAAGUCCUAACGCAAACUCUUCCGGAUACAAUACAUAAGAAGACGAGAAAGCAAUAGGAAACGUUUUAAAUGUUAUCCGUCCACACUAACUUUGAAGUGAUUUUGUACUUAUUACUUGCCUUAAGCAAAAAGACUUUAUCUGCUCUACUGAGGAGUAAUUGUCUUGUAAACAGCUGCCUAGUGUAAUGUUCUUGAUGGUAAUGCUUGCAGCUACAGUACUGCCUUUGUUUUUAACUCUCCUCUCAAAGAGUUCAUCACGUCUACUUCUUGUUAUUAUUUUCUGACAUCAUCAUCCGCUACAUUGUCAGGGUAAUUUCGGGAAAUAAUAAAAAACUUCGAGAACUAAAUAACAAACUUCCGAGUCAAAAGAAACUUUCAAUGGUAGUUGUGUGGUACCUUGUCUUAUUGUGAGUGAGGAGGAAGUGAUACAUUUGGAGGCUGGUACAGUUGUGGAAAGGUGUUCCUACACCUCCUGUGGUAACCCGUAUCUCCAAACAGCACCGUCACAGCAGUAGUAUCAUUAUUUAUGAAUGAAUGGAUAUAAGUUAUGUAACAACGAACGUAAUUGAUGGAUAGGUUUGCUAUAGGUCAUAUAGGUUGGCCGUUUGGUGACACGUGUUACCACAGGGGGUGUAGGAACACAUUUCCGCAACUAUACUCUUAUAUGUGUUUCACCUACGCUUUCAUUGACUAUUCUUCAUGGCUGAGACAAGACAUAUUACUUACAGAUACACGGCAGAGGCGAAUGUUAUGAUAUAUAAAUAUAUCCAUUAUUCAUACCAUAUAGAAAUUUAAAAACAAAUUUCAGUGAAAAUAUAGAAAAAGUCGUACUACGUUUUUCUCAUAAUUGAGUAGCCUCAGAAAACUCAGUGAAUUUCCUGAACAAAGUAUUACCAUGGUGGAUACAUCAUACACUACCCCACUCACACUGUAAUAGUUUCCUUAAAUAUGGACUUCGAGUUAAGAAACAACUUGUGUUGUCAUACCAAAAACAACUAAGACGACCACAGAUGUGAUUGUAUAGAUUCCAGACGACAAUAAGGGGUAAAGAAGCAGCUAAUUGUUGAUGUCAUGUUUUUUAUAAAACUGAAAAAAUAUCGUAGCCUAGUCAAUGUAAACAGUGACAAUAUUACGUGUCUGUUUGUAUUUUUUAGUAUUAUUAAGUUAUUUUUGUCUUAUGCCUUAAAGACAAUAAUAUGAGGGAGUCUUCAUGGCUUCUCCUUCAGUUGAUCCAUUUUGAUAAUUUUGGAAUCAUAAGGAUAUAAAAAUAUCAAGACAAUAUUUUGUUUGACGUAAAAGUUAAAUUUCAUUACCCAAAAAUCAACACUGAAAAUAAAUGUUUAUGAUGUUUACAUAAUUAAUAUUA